AUGCCCAAAGGAUUGCACCUGAACUUUGGCGGCGCAAAGCCUGCUCCAAAAGCAGCUCCCAAGCCCGCCACGAGUUCUACUCCUCAUUCAACCUCAACUCCACCGAAGCCCACACCUCCCACACCUCCCCCGAAGCCUACACCUCCCUCGGCGCCAGCAGCACCGCCGCCAGCAGCACCACCACCACCGGCAGCAGCACCACCGCCGCCAGCACCACCGACGACUACGACUACACCAACACCACCGGUAGCGGCAGCACCACCACCAACACCACCACCAGCGAGUCUACCGACUGGCGGACCUGGCCUAGAAAAACCACCACCAGGGGCACCAGGAGCGCCAGUAGAACCGCCAGCCGGCAUCCCUGGACCGUCGAGCACACCGUCUCAACCUCCCCAAGCACCAUCCGGAGGACCAGGUGAGCCUCCUCAUACGCCGUCGGGGUUACCAGGUCAAACUACCCAUCCACAGUCAGGAGCACCAGGUCAAUUUCCUGGAAACCAGCCACAGAAUGAUCCGGGGUUCGGUGUACCAGGGUUUCCGCAAGACGGCGGCUUUGGCCAGCAACAACCCCCUCGCUCGGGGGGACCCAGCUGGCUAAAUCCUCUGGCGGAAGGUGCCGGGCAAGCCCUUCCAUAUGUCGUUCCGCAAGUCGCUGGGCAAUUUCUCCAGCCACACUCGUCGACCCCUGCGGACCCUGCUUACGGGGGUAUUCCCCCGGACUAUGGCACCGGGACAGGCACAGGCAUGGAAGGUACAGGUAUGGAAGGUACAGGUGUGGACGACACAUAUCAAGACGAGACGGAACAAUAUCCGGAUGACACAGAAUUAUACCCCGAGGAUACAACCUACAGCACGACUCAGAAUCCAGAAGCAGGUGCCCCCACGUACGGGGGCACCACAGCAGGCGUAGCCGGCACGGAAGACGACGACCCCGAAGCUGAUCAAGAUGACCUCGAAUACGGCGAUGUCGACGAUACUGGCGCUUCUACUACCACCGGCAACCAAGCCGCGCCUAUGAGUCAAGGUACUGCAGCAGCAGCAGGAGGAGGAGGAUUAGGAGGAGCUCCUCACGCCAUGUCACACAUGGCGGCUCCCGGCGUGGCAGGAGGCAUUGCCCAACCCGGCCAAGGUCAAGGGGAAGAAUACGACGAUGACGAUGAACUGUACGACGACACCAACGAGGAUGACUACUAUGAGGGAGACGACUAUGAUUAUGAAGAAGGGGAACCCGAGGACGACGGCCAAGGCGGAGCUGGCGGUGUUGGCGCUUCCAACGCUUACCACCCCGUCGCUCCACGGGUCGGGGUCGUCAUGCAUUGA